UUUUUUAAACUGAAAAAUUAUCAAAUAGUCGAAAACUGAUCUCAAAACUCAAGUGAUUCCCCUUAUAAUCACAGACAGUGAAGACCACUAAAUAUAUCAAUCCAUCAAACAGUUAAUUAUGAAGAACAGUAGUGACAGUCAAUCCAGAGAUGAUAGAAACGAGAAAAGACAGUCCGGUUUGAAUGCUCCGCGAAAGCCAUCAACUGAAUCAACAAUAUCAGUGACCGAUCAGACCAGUGGAAAGUAUACCACAACCAAUAGUAGCCAACCCGAGGGCGCGGAUGACAGUAAAACUAUCAUCAGUUAUGGUGUGGACGUUCACAACACUGUGGCUAUUCUAAUGAUUUGUCGCCAACAUAUGACUAUGGCUUUGAAACAAAUUAGUCCAUCGAAAUGUGGUCAAUGGUUCCCGUGGGCAGCGGUCAAGAAGGGACAGACAUGGAGUGACAGUUAUAAGGAAUUGAUUGCACCCAUUGCUGAUGAUUUGAAAAAAUUGAAGGCUUGUGUCGACAUUAAACAACGAUAUCAAAUGUAUGGAUCAAUGGCUGCUAUUCCGCAAUACAAUGAAUCCGUAAAACUGUUUGUAUUUGAAGCUGAAGUGAAACACGUGUCCGAAACAGCCAAAUGUUUUGAUACUCCCGUCGGCUAUCAAUGGGUGCCAAUUCAAAACGUGUCAAACAGUUGUGAUGUGUGGGGAGCUGAACCUUCAAUAUUGGCCGAUAUCUUAGCGAACAGAUCGCCAAUUAAAGAAAAUUUUUACGAAAUCAGUCUCAAACAGAUCAUGAGAUAUACGCCAAAAGAGAUUAAAGGACAGACAUCUCAGGAAGAGCUAAUCAAAUGUGUCGGCGUUACUGAAAAAGAUAUAAUUAAAUUGUAUGAACAAUACUUACAACAGUGCGCGCCGUCUAAUAUAAUGGGUUUUAAGGCUUUCAUAGACUAUAUGACAAAGUUGUCACUUCCCGGCAAAAGUGAAUCGUCGUAUACAAUGGACAGUUGGGCUCUGUUUCGGUCGAUGGCCAGAGACAAACCAUAUGUGACAUUCAAUGAACUUCUAUUGGGAAUGUGUGCGCUCGACAUGAAUGCAAUCCAUGGAGGAAAAGUAGGUGAAAUUAGAGCCAGUUUUUUAUACUUCUACUAUGCGAUCACCAACUGUUCCAAAGGUCUGACUGACGAAGAGAUGAUAAAAUUGCUUUUUGAUAUCCGGCUCACAGAAAACAAAACCGAUUCAAAAGGAUUGGAUGAAGAACUGAAAAAAGUGUAUCAAUUAAUCGGUGUCGAGUCGGGUGGUCUCAAAAGACAAAAGUUUUAUAAAGCCGUCGGAGAGAAAAUAAUUAGAGGAACCUCUAAGUUGUAUCGGUCGUCCAUUUCGCCACUACAAGAGUUUCGCAACAAACAAGUGUUUGAAUCGUUGUCUCUCAAAGAGACGCCAUCACUUAAACAACAGGAACAAGUAGUGGGCAGUUGUCCCAAAUGUCGUCUAAAGAACUAUACAUUAGCUGUCCAUACGGUGCGCCUAUCGAUCAGUGGGUUUAUUGUUGAGCCGCAAGAAAAUAGGAAUCAGUCGGAUAUUAAACGUAUGAACAAAACACUGAAAAAGAUGUCCAACCAGUGCUUCACUGAUAAAACCAAUGCUAACAUUAUUUUGGAUUCUUUGCGGGAAUUCAGUCGUUUGCUAUUCAACUUUGACAGGACAGGUGGCGGACAAAACAUUGGUCAAAAUGGCGGAGGAAUGGCCGCAACUGGUCGUACCGGAGCUGGACCUACAGGAGACAAUACUAUCAAUUGGACGAAUCAAAAAGGAAGACUCAAAGGUUUAGAUAAAUUGACAAAACUGUGCGAAGAGGCGGUGACAGUAUUUCAAAGGGAAAGUCGUGUCAUACAUGUGUCAUCACCAGUGUUCGUGUUGGGCGACAUUCACGGCAAUCUACACGACCUCAUGAUAUACGAGCGCAGUCUAUGGAAAAUGGGACCGACAUGUGUUGCCUCCAAUUUCUUAUUUUUAGGCGAUUACGUGGACAGAGGAGACUAUAGCAUUGAAUGCAUAACAUAUCUAUUGUGUCAUAAGGUUUUGUGUCCCAACAAAUAUUUUCUACUCCGAGGAAACCAUGAGUUGAGAUCAGUUAACUCUUCGUUUACAUUCAGCAAAGAGUGCGUCGAAAAGUUCGGUGCAAUCGAUGGUCAAAAGCUUUGGGAAACUUUUAAUAAAGUCUUUGACUUUAUGCCGAUCUGUGCCGUCAUUGAUGACAGCAUAUUCUGUGCACACGGAGGUAUACCCACAUCGGCACUCAGAUUACAUGAAUUGAGUUCAAUACCGAUUCCACUGCGAGAACCAGAAAACGAGAGUCAGAUUGCGUGGCAGAUCCUGUGGAACGAUCCGGUGACCAGUCAGGAGUUCCGCGACUACCAAGAAGUGUUACGUCAACAUCACGGACACAGUGUCAACAAUUUCACGGGUUUCCUACCGAACACUAAACGAGGAACAGCUUUCUAUUACUCUGACGAAGCGCUCGACAAGUUUUUAUCCGUCAAUCAACUCAGUCAUGUCAUCCGCGCCCACGAAGUCAUACCAAAUGGUUACGCCUUUCAUAUGGGAGGCAAAUGUCUAACAGUGUUCAGUAGCAGUAAAUAUUGUGGCGGUCUUAACGAGUCGGCUGUCGUUAUGGUCAACGAUGAAAAAAUACGAGUCAUUAAAAUUGAUACCAAUUAUUGAGAGAAGACCACCAAUACAUCAGAUAUCACUCAUUUGGUAAGAAUUAUGUCACUUAUAGUUAGUUUUACUCAACAAAUAAACUAAAAUUUCAGUA